AUGAACCACAAAUCAGCUACAUCUGGAGGCAGACAAGUCACCUGGAAGGUCAAACAGUUCGCAGCAGGCGGCAACCACACCAUCCUCCUCAGCGACGAUGGCAAAGUCCGCGUCACCGGCAACAACGAAGAUGGCAGAUGCGGCGUCGAGGGCGUUCAUCAGCUCAAACAGUUCGAAGAGCUCCAGUUGACUCGUGGCUUGACUGCUCUGCACGUUGCCGCCAACUGGUCUGCAACGACCAUCGUUCUCAAGGAUGACGCUGUUUGGACCUGCGGUACAGGUCUCAGCGGCGAGCUCGGCCUAGGUCCUGAAGUCAAGACGUCCGCCCACUUGCAGCGCAUCGCGAACUUCCCACCGCAAGGCACUCAGGUCAGUCAUCUUACCUCAGGCAUGAGCCAUACGGUUGCUAUUCUCGCAAACGGUGAGGCCUACGGCUGGGGCAGAGGACGCAAAGGCCAGCUCGGCGAGCCUGCUCAGGAAGUAUGGACGCCACGUAAGAUCUCGGGUCUUGAUUUCAGGGCUGUCAAAGCUGUCUGCGGUACGGAUUUUACUUUAAUCGUCGGCGAACCAUCAACUGGUCGCAUGACUCUCCUCGGCGGACAUAGCAACGACCGUUUCGGUCUGAGUAGCAACAGGCCCCUGUCCAUCGAAGGCUGGAAGGACAUAGCAGCAUCUUGGUGCAGCAUCGCAGUACUCAGGGCUUCGGGCGAGCUUGUAGCAUGGGGCCGGAACGAUCACGGGCAGCUACCUCCAGAUGGUCUCCUAGAAAUCGAAGCAAUUGCGGCGGGCAGCGAACACUGUCUUGCGUUGACGAAGACUGGAGGUGUGUUAGCUUGGGGAUGGGGUGAGCAUGGGAAUUGCGGAUCGCCUACCAAUGAGCGAGGUGAUGUGAAAGCGCGAUGGAACGAGCUUGAAUUCACCGGGCGGGCGAAAAUAGUUUUCGCUGGAUGUGCGACGAGCUUCAUCGAAGUCGAGGAAACUGGGAUGGACGGAGGAUGA